ACAUUGGUGGUGCAUUACAUUCACCAAAGUUGGGGGACUUUUAAUUAUGAGCCACAUUUUUGAACCGGAAGUAUUCAGUUUCAUCCAGCGCCUGUGUUUCUCAACUUGUUUUACUGUUUUAAAUUCGUGGAAUAAUACAGUGCCUGUGAAACAAUGGAUGUUGAAGAGAGGACUUAUGGCGGUUGUGAGGGCCCAGAUGCCAUGUAUGUAAAGCUGAUCUCUUCAGAUGGGCAUGAGUUUAUUGUGAAGCGAGAGCAUGCGUUAACCUCUGGCACAAUCAAGGCUAUGCUGAGUGGACCUGGUCAGUUUGCUGAAAAUGAAACCAAUGAGGUGAACUUCCGGGAGAUCCCGUCUCAUGUUCUCUCCAAAGUUUGCAUGUAUUUCACCUAUAAGGUGCGCUACACUAACAGCUCAACAGAAAUCCCAGAAUUCCCCAUUGCUCCUGAGAUUGCCUUGGAACUGCUCAUGGCUGCAAACUUCCUAGACUGUUAGAUAGGAAUGGAGAAUGUGUUAUACUGUGACUGUCAUUUGUUUGCCAUAUAGUGUGUAUUUAUAAAUGUUUUGCUCUGAUACUUUUUUUUUUGGUUAUGUUGUACUUUGAAAUGUCUAGAUAAUUUGUAUUGUAUGCAGUGUUUUAAAUGUCUUACAAUCAUUUUGCAGUUGUCCUAGUCUAUAUACAGUAUGGAUGAACCAAAUAUAACACUGUCACAUCUCUCA